CAAAAAAAUUUUUUUAAGCUGAUGUCACAAACGGCCUGCUUGGUAGAUGAGGACCAAUGAUGAUCUGGGUGGCUAAUCGCUUGAUCAGCGUGUUGAUGAGGGGGGCCAACAUUUUUGCACAUUGUAGCAAGUUAUUAAUUGACAGUGGUGGAAGCUACCUUAAGCGGAGCAGUGACAGCUGACUAUAAUAUCUUAUUGUAAAAGUCAUAUCUCCAGGGGUUUCUCUAUAGCAUUCUCUUAAUUAAUCUUAAUACUUUUUCCUAUGAGAUUUUAACCAAUAUUUUGACUUUUUUAAAAAUAUGAUAACAUUAGAAGACAAAUUGUUCCUCCGCUCCAAGGAUGAAAGUUACCAAAUUCUAAAAAAAAAUAAAGACUGCGAAAAUGUGUACUGGUUCCCUAUAGCUUUUUUUGAAGGUCCGGCCUACAGUAUGUUUUGACAGUAAAUCACAUCCAUUUAAUCCGCCGCUAACCGGUAUCCGCCCCAGGAUUGGUUCAAUUUCUCCUACGUCACUCUACCGGAAGUGAUUCCUUCAAUCCCGUUGUGAGCGACACUUAGCAGCGCCUCACAAGUAGACGUCACGUUGACGCGACGUGAAAAGUCUUUGGAAACAUGAACCCUCUGGUCACCAGAAUAGACUUCAAAUGGACGCGUUUAACCCUGCGGCAACCUUGGAGAACCGCUAUCGCAGGUACCAAGGUGCAGCUCUCCACGCUUCCUCCAGAACCUGUUGUCCCCUUCAAGAAGCCUUUCAAGGUGGAGCUCAUUGGUGGGAAGCGUUACUCGUGGUGCGCCUGUGGACACAGCAAGAAUCAGCCUUUCUGCGACGGAGCCCACAAGACCAAAGCCCAAGGCCUGUCACCGCUACGUUUUGUCCCAGAGAAAGAUGCCACAGUUUGGCUGUGUGGUUGCAAGUAUUCAAACAACCCGCCUUACUGUGACGGGACGCACAAGCAAGCCUUCGUUCUUUCUGCAACAUUGCACAAACAUAAAGACUCUUGAGAGUCAGAUGAAUUUGCUCUGCGUAUUUAUGUUGCUGUUGCACACAUUUUCGUACAUUGUACAUCUCAGUUUUUGAAUCUCGAUUUUUCUUGCUUUGUCUUUUCUAUGGGAGACAAAAUGUUGCAUUAACGCUGAGUGUUGGACUAUAUGAUGAUAAUCUGUUGUAUAAUAGAGGUUAGCAUACAGAGACAUUUUACUGUUUUGUACUGAGAUUGCUGUGAGAUCUUUAUUUUCUUACGCCAUAUUGGGCAAUGUUAUAAAUGAUACAAGUCCAUAUAAAAGGGAUGUUAAAGAGUGGUUGACUCGUGUUAUGGAUCAGAUUUUGAAGAUAUAUAGACUGUAUAUUUUACCAUCCUAUAAUCCGUGUGAUUUUUGGAACUACAAUCUGACUUGGCUGAUGCUUCCCCAUGUAUAAAAUAUCUUUCUGUUUACGAGAUUAAUUUAUUUUGUUAAUUUAAAUUUAAGAAAUAAGCAGUCACUUGGCAUCAAAACCUGCGACCCAUGAUUAUUUAAGACACUUUCCCUUAUGGAGCCUCGGUAUUGAGAAUGCCAUGUACUGCAUGCAGAAACAAUAAACCUUGAUAACAAAUCGAGAGAGAGAAGACUUUACCUGUGUGCAUCCCACAGCAGGUGGCUGUGCUUGUUGGCGACUGACAUUUUGCUGUACAUGCAGAGUGAAAAAGAUCUGUCAAAAUCUUGUGUUUUCAGAUUCAGCACAGGCUGCUUGAGUAAAAUCUCAGUGACGUAUAUACCACAUUACUUUUUAGAUGUCUGUGGUGAUAUUAUAGAACUGUGAUUAAAUUCAUUCUGGUAAGCA